UCUACAGGUCAGUGUGUUCGCACUCGGAGGGUUCUGCAGGAGGCUCACCAGGAGGGUCGGCCCUGUGUCGGCCAGCUCCACCAGAGCAGAGCGUGUCCCAUCAGGCCUUGCUACAUGUGGCUGCUCAGUGACUGGUCUGUCUGUGCAGUGGAGGGUGCUGAGUGUGGUGAAGGCUUUCGGAGGCGGAGCAUCUCCUGUGUGGUCCACUGGGGCGACUGGCCCGAAUCUCCUUCUCAGCCGGUUCAGGACGAACUCUGUGGAGACAAACUGAAGCAACAGGUGCAGCAGGAGAUGGAACAGCCCUGCUUCGUCCCCUGUCCAGGAGACUGCCAUUUGACGGAGUGGUCGUCUUGGAGCUCGUGCCAGCUGACCUGUCUCGAAGGGCGGAGUUUUGAGUCCACGGGGCGCCGGGCUCGCUCCAGAGCUGUGAUCAUCCAGGUCAUGGAGAACCAGGGCAGCUGCCCACAGCAAGUGUUCGAGACGCAGCCCUGCAAAGGGGGAAAAUGCCACAGUUACCAGUGGAGAACCGGAGGAUGGAGCAACAACGAGCGGGCGGUGUGGUGUCAGCGCUCCGACGGCGUCAACGUCACAGGGGGGUGUUUCCUGCAGAAGAGGCCCACCACGGUCAGACACUGCCAUCCUCCGUGCACCAAACCCUUCUCCCACUGCACGCCGAGCGGAGUGUGUGGGUGUGAGAAGGGCUACACUGAAGUGAUGACCACACACGGCUUCUUAGACUACUGCACCAGAACCCCAGGGAUGGACGCCAACAAAAAAGCCGAUGUGAAAACCAACUCUGGCAGAUUCAGACCGGGUCCGUCUCAGGCUCAGGACCUGUUCAGUGAGUGGACCUUACGACCCGUUGGCCCAGAUGGAAGAGUAAAGGUGUGGGUUUACGCCGUCACCGCUGUUGGAUUCAUCCUAAUACUUUUCAUUAUUGCAUUAUCAUUCCUGGUCUGUAAACCUUCCAAAUCCACCAAGACGUCCUCGCCCCCACAGAAACCCCUGACACUGGCCUAUGAUGGAGACAUGGACAUGUGACCUGUGGGCGGACCUCCGCAGACGUUCGUCACAUUCCGCUGGUCGUUGAGCUCGCUCGUGCUCAAGGUUAUGUUUUGCUGUCGUGCCAGUUUUAUCGCAAAAUGGAAACAAACGGGACAAACGGCGACUUUUAAACACGAUCUGCUGCUGGAGGACGGCGUCGCGCAGAGUUUUGUCUGCAGCCGCUUCCCUUCGACCAAACACACGAAAUAAACGCCAACAUGUUGAAAAUGAGACCGAUGAGUCUCCAGACACAGAACUUUGGACCUCUAGUUUCUUUUCUACUGUAACUGCUUGCAACGUGAACACACCGUUAAAGCGAUGUUUGCAGCUCGUACAACGUCAGGAUUCCAAAAAGUCUGAGGGCGGAGCUAAAGGGGAUCCAGAAGUGUCGGUUUGGACAUAAAAGACGCCACCUGGGUUUCGGUCUGUACGGAAGUCAAACUGUGUCAUCAGAUUUUGAAUUAGAAAAGCCAUUACAUUUCUAGCACUGAACUUUUUGCACUGAAAUUAAGUAUCUGAAUUUUUUGUCUCUCAAUUUAACUAUGUUCAUAAAUUUA